UUCUUCCCCCAAAUUCCAAUUUCGAAUCGAGAUCGCAGCCGGAAGGAGAGGAAGAAGAGGUCGAUCCGUCGAUGGCGCAGCGAGAGAAGGAAGAAUCGAAGCUCCGGCGCCUCUGCGUCAACAACUGCGGCUUCCCCGGCAACCCCGCCACCGGCGACAUGUGCCAGUCCUGCUUCCAGCGGCAGGCGGACGCGUCUCUUCCCCGGUCCUGCUCCUCCCCCAGAUCCGCCCCUCCCGCUCGGUCUCCGGCCUCGGAUAAGCCGCUGGAAGAGGAGGAAGACCCGCGGGGGAACGUCGCCGCUGCGGCUACGCCUGCGGCUGCGCAGGCGACGGCGAAUCGGUGCUCCUCGUGCCGGAAGCGCGUGGGGCUGGCGGGCUUCAAGUGCCGGUGCGGCGAGCUGUUCUGCGGCCAGCACCGCUACUCCGACCGCCACGGCUGCAGCUUCGACUACAAGGCGGCCGGCCGCGCCGCCAUCGCGCGCGAGAAUCCCGUCGUCCGAGCGGCCAAGAUCGUUCGCGUUUGAGCUGAGGGGGCGACGAUGUAUGAGAUAGCGUGUCGGCUUGCGCUUGUUCAAUUCCGUGGAAGAAAGCGACGAAAGGGGACCGCCAUUAACGGUGGAAGAAGAAGAAAAACAAUCAAGUAAGUGGAAAAAAUCUAGAGAAAAUAAUGGUUUGUGUCGAUUUGGAUCUAAAAAAUAUCCCCCUUCCCUAUGAUUUCACUACGAUUCGUUUAUUGAAAUUAUAUAAACAAAUUAAUACGAUAUUAUUGAUGAAAA